AUGAAGGUCUAUUUGGACAUUGCAAUUGCAGGCGAGCAGAUUGGUAGAAUUGUCUGCGAGCUUUAUAACGAUAAAGCACCUAAGGCAGUAGAAAACUUCCAUCGCUUAUGUGUUGGUAGUGGAUCUGUUGGUGGUAUUCAUUUGACAUAUAAAAGAUCAUGUUUUCACAGAGUCAUAAGAAACUUCAUGAUACAAGGUGGUGAUCUGGUUUUUGGAAAGGAGGACAACCUUGAUUCUGAUAAAGUUGGUUUAGGUGGAUGUUCCAUUUAUGCUACAGAGGAGGAAAUAAAAGAUGACACUAAAGAAUUGCAGUGUCACGGGUUGUUUGAGGAUGAAAAUGUGGGUGAAUUUGAUGAACCAUUCUUGUUGGCCAUGGCCAACACUGGUUCCCCAAAUACUAACAGCUCGCAAUUCUUUAUAACUACAUACCCCUCUCCCCAUCUGACUGGCAAGCACUCAAUCUUUGGGAGAGUAAUUCACGGAAAGUCUGUGGUUCGAACCAUUGAAUAUGGGAAAGUUGACAAAGAAGGUACACCUGAAAAUUUAGUUGUUAUUGAAGACUGUGGUGAUUGGGAUGAAACCAUGUCAAUUCCUCUUUACAAUGCAUCAAACUCUACCAUUGGAGGAGAUAUUUAUGAGGAAUACCCGGAUGAUGAUACUCAUUUCGAUUCCGAGGACUUCGCAGCUGCCUACAACGCCUCAAAUAUCAUAAAAGACUCUGGUUCGGCUUUGUUCAAGAUUAAAGAUUAUCAAAACUCAUAUUACAAAUAUAUGAAGGCUUUGAAAUACGUGAACACUUACAUACCAGAACAAGACGUUGAUGAGAAACAUUGCCUAUUAUUCAUUGAGUUGAAGAAAAAGUUAUAUCUAAACAUUUGUCUUGCCUUAUUCAACCUAAAGGAUUAUGAUGAAAGUAUGAAAUAUGGCCAUUAUUUACUGGAGUUGGAUAGCGUUGAUGAUAAGGACAAGGCAAAGGCUUACUACAGAAUUGGCAAUAGUUUGUUUGCUAAAAAGAGAUAUGAUGAAGCACUAAAAAAUUAUAGAUUAUGCAGAGAUCACAAUCCAGAUGAUAACGUUAUUGGCCAAAAGAUCGAGAAAACAGAGAAUAUCCUGGAGAAGGAGAAAGAAAGAACCAAAAAAAAUAUAUCUAAGUUUUUUAGGUGA